UUUGGCGGGAAACGGGAACGGGACAGUUGCUUUCUUCAUUGAAUAAUCUAAAUAAUUAAUACGAAGUGGUGUUUUGUGGUUGAUGAUCGCAUUAAGUUAGUCGGAAGACAUUCGCCAGUGUUAUUAUAUUGGAGUAUUCAAUAAACAAAGUGUAUCUGCCUAUUUUCGCUUCGUGUCAAGAAGCCGCUUCAUAACUCGAAAGUUUAUGCGGACUUUCGAGUUAAUUCGUUUGGGGUUCGGAGUAGGAGUCUACUCCGAGGGUGGGGGCUUAGGUUUCAUCAUCAUCACCUUUCAUCAUUUCAUCAUUCAUCAAGAAAAAAAAUACGUAAGACAUGGCUGUAUGGGCAUAGUUCCCUUUGCCUUACCCUUCGGGGAAAACCAAAACAAAAAAAAAAACAGCUGAUCAAAUGUUUUAUUUUUCAUUUCAAAGGAUUGUAAUGUAAUUCUUAUUUUUUCUAAAUUUGCUGACAAGAAAGGGUGUCUACAAAUUCAAAGAUAUUACAAUGCUGUCUUCAUUAAUGUAUAAGACGAGUUUGUCGAUAAGAUCAUAUUUUCUAAGGUUAUAUUCAUCUGUGCCUCUUCCUGAUAUUGAUGUUGAUUAUUAUUGCAAUGUAGAAAAUACUAUGGAGAUCAUAGAAAACAUAAAAAAAAGGAAAGGUGUGGGCAAUAUCAAUCGUGUUUUGGAAACAUACAAUAUCUUUAAACAAACUUCACCAAAUGAUAAAUCAUAUUUCACUAUAAGAGAGAACUUGUUUAAAGAACUUAGUACUUUGCCAAACAAAACCCACCCUUCUGUAAAAGAGUAUAAAGAGGAUCCGCGUUUAGUACGUGAAUUAAAUAAAAAGAGAGACUUUGGCAGUUAUGUUCCUUUAGAAUUUGGUGAAAUUACAAGACGUUUGAACUUAAUGCGUACUGACAAGUUAGGACAAACUUGUGGUCACAAAAGCUAUUAUUUUCUGGGAGAGUUAGCAGAACUAGAAGAAGCAUUAAUAAAGUAUACUGUUUGCUCAUUGUUGAAAAAAAACUUCAAUUUAGUAUCUGUACCAGAUAUUCUUCCAAGCAAUGUACUGCAGAGUUGUGGGAUGAUGGUGAACAAUGAUCGAACACAGAUUUAUUCUCUGGAUCCUCUCCAUCAUGGACCUGAUUUGUACCUAUCAGGUACAGCUGAAAUGUCUCUAGCAGGAUUAUUAAUGAAUACAGUCCAUCAGAAACAAGACUUACCAUUGAAGCUAGCUGCAGUUAGUCGUUGUUAUAGGGCUGAAACUUCUAAUCUUAUUGAAGAAAGAGGCAUUUACAGAGUACAUCAGUUUACAAAGGUAGAAAUGUUUGCUGUUACCACACCGGAGCAAUCUGAAGAAAUGCUGGAGUACCUUCAGAAAACAGAAGAAGAAUUAUUCUCUCCACUUGGAUUCCAUAUGAAAGUGUUAGACAUGCCACCUCAUGAGUUGGGAGCUCCUGCUUAUAGAAAGUAUGACAUUGAAGCUUGGAUGCCAGGGCGUAACAACUAUGGAGAAGUGUCAAGUUGCAGUAACUGUACAGAUUACCAAUCCAGAAGACUUCAUAUCAAAUACAUUGAUAAAAGCAAACUAAUGUAUGUUCAUACUCUAAAUGGAACUGCAUGUGCUAUCCCAAGAAUGUUAAUUGCAUUAAUAGAAACUCAUCAAGAUCUUAAGGGAAAAAUACUUAUCCCAGAGAUUUUGCAACCAUUUAUGAAUGGUAAGAAAUACAUUACCAAAAAUACAUCUAUACCUGAAUUAAAAUUGUUGAAAAUAAAGAAAUAAAAUAACAA